AGAUUUACAGCCGUAAAUGGAGAUGAAAAGUGGGUCAUUUACAGUAGAUUGGGGCCCACCCUUUCAUACUGCGAUCUCUUUCAUUUCAACUUUCAAGAAUCCAAUGUCAGAAGAGGAUGAACAAGAAAUAAAAAAAAAUCAGGGAGUGUGGGGUAGGAAAAUCCAUGCUUCCUGUAGUCUGUUUUCUUGGACUUUUGCUAUGAUGGAUAGGAAGACGACGCUGGAGUUGGGUGGCAACAGGUGAUAGGUAGAAAGGCAUUUAAGAUUCCUCCCAAAUUCGAUGAUUGAACGAUCUUUGAUCGGAAAAAAUUGUAUAAAGCCAAUGAAAUGUUUGUUGGAGGGGAGAUGUCAUUGACUUGGGUUCUUUUUUUUGUUUCGUCUUUAGCAUUGAAAGAUUGGAAUUUGAUGGUGGAUUGUUGUUUGCGCGUUUGAAUUGUGCAUAGCCCAGAAAGGUUUUAGGGUUUUAGAGGUUGGUUUUUUGUUUUCAGGAUUUAAAUUGAGUUUUGGAUCUGGGUUCUUGUUUCCAGGUGCUAAAGGUUAUUGAUUUUAUGAAAAUUUUCUAGUUUUUAGAGGCGGGUUUUGGUUUAUAGGGCUGAAAUCAGAGGAAUUAGAAAAGUUCAGUAGUUUUUAUAAGUGGGUUUUUGUUUUUAGGGGCUGAAGUUUAUUGAUUUUAUGAAAAUUUUCUCUUUUUAGAGGUGGGUUUUGGUUUAUAGGGCUGAAAUAAGAGGAAUUAGAAAACUUUAGUAGUUUUUAUAGGUGGGUUUUUGUUUUUAGGGCUGAAAUUUAGAGGAAUUAGGAAAUUUUCUAGUUUUUAGAGGUGGGUUUUGGUUUUCAGGGGCUGAAAUUUAGAGAAUCCAUUAAAAGUUAGUGUAGUACAGAGGUGAUUUGGAUUCAGGAGCUGAAUUUUCAACAAUCUAUGAAAUUUCAGCAGUUUUUAGAGGUGGGUUUUGGGUUUUAGGGGCCGAAAUUUAGAGAUACUUAACAAAAGAUUUACCAGUUUUUUGAGCUGGGUUUAUGUUUUAGGGGCUCAAAUUAGAGAAGCCAUGAAGAUAUACUAGCUUUUGUAGGUAGAUUUUGGUGUUCGGGAGAAGCAUGACAAUGUCAUUCCAUGCAUUGAAUUGCCCAUCCCAUCUCAUGGGCAAUAUAAACAAGCAUAAGACCCAGUUCAAAACCAGGUCUUACAAUCAAGGAUUCGUUGUAAGAUCAUCUUCAAUUAUCUUGUCAACAGAUGAGCAUGGUAAUUUACCUGAAUCUAAGAUCUUCAACAUGGAUUCUACUCAGACAGGCACUCAGGCCUCAGCUUCCGUUCUCAAGCAAGCCAAUACAAUCGGUAUCAUCGGAGGAGCAUCGGCUGAUUCUACUCUGAACUUCUUGAAGAAACUUGUUGGCUGGAGCUCAAAAUAUGGAGAACAGAACCUUCCAUUCCUUGUCUGCAGCGAUCCAGUGUUAAAUAAGGAGCUUUCCUCACGUGAAAAGCUUUCUUUUCCCUACCUCAAUUCAAGAAAUGCCCGUCACCAGUCAGAUCAUACAGCUAUUGUGGAGAAUCUACGACGUAAAAGGGCCUUUCUUGAGCAAUCAGGAGCUCGUUGCAUUGUUAUGCCUUGCCAUAUCUCGCAUUCGUGGCAUGGUGAGAUUUCAGAGGGCUGUUCCAUUCCUUUUCUUCAUGUAGGUGAGUGCAUCGCCAAUGAGCUCAAGGAAGCAAACUUGAAGCCAGUCGAAGCUGGGAGUAGUGUACGAAUUGGUGUCCUUGCCACAGAUGCAACCCUGGCGGCUGGGUUUUAUCAGGAGAAGCUCCAGAAUGAGGGGUUCGAGGUCUUGUUACCAGAUAAAGCAACCAUGGAACACACUGUAAUUCCCGCCAUAGAAGCAUUGAACAGAAAGGACAUAGAGGGAGCAACCAAUCUCUUAAGAAUAGCUCUUCAAGUUCUUCUUGUGAGGGCUGUCAAUACCGUCAUCCUUGCUUCUGAUGACAUGCGGAAUCUCUUGCCUCAGGAUGACCCACUUCUUAAGAAAUGUAUCAAUCCGAUGGAUGCUUUGGCCAGGUCAACUAUAAAGUGGGCCCAGUCCACUGAAAAGGUAUAGAGGAAUACUUGAAUAAGGUGACAUACCUUUGGGCAUUCUUGGGGAUUAGUUAUGGGCAAAAUGCUGCAUUUUGCCCUCCAUAGCUGUGGAAGUUUGUUACCAUGGUAGAAAGAAUCUACAUGUUGACAGAUUUGGUAUAUAAACUGCCAAUCUGUAUGCAUUUAUCCUCAUAUAAAUGAAAGCUAUCUGUAAGCCCAAAAGGCCAUAACAU